UUGAACGGAAAAAAAAUGUGUAUACAUCUACAACGGCAAGACAGCUGUUUUAGAAAUACAAAUCUAGAUUUUAAAUGGUUUUUCAACAGAGUUACUCCUAGUCAUGUCAAAUAAUUUUGUCUAACUGGUCACAGUUCUUGUCUCUGUUGAAUUUGUGAGCUAACAGUAAAUGGUGUUUGUUUGAAGUUUUGUUCAACAGCAGAUUUAGAGAUGCUAGUAAGAGAGAGGCAUAGUACGCAACAUUCGGACAAAUUGGUCUUUGUAAUUUUUGACAACGCUAGUUUUGAAUUGUGCCGAAUCCAGUGAAAAUAGACUUUACUGUCAUUCUUAUAUUGCCCGUGAACGGUUUCAGCAAUCGAUAAUUUCAUGACAACCCGAAAACAAAAACACUUUUUAGGACUGUUGUUUAUCGUUUCAGGCGCACUAGGUUCGACCAUCUUGAGUCCCUCAAUCGCCAAAGAGGGCACGCCCAUCACCACCACCUGCACCCCCUCUAAAGUGGGCCUCAACGGCAUGAAAGACCAAAUAGUGCAGGUCACUCUCAUGCGGAACGGGGAGGGGAAGCCCUCGUACAUAGCAAGCAUUGUUCCGCUCGAAUCCGAAGCUCGAAAUCUCAUUAUCCACCUGGCCAGAAGCGAGAUUGUGCACUGGACCAUAUUCUCCCCCGGUAGUCUGGGCAGCGUGGUGCUACAGGCCGUCAAGCAGGAAGUAGAACAGUCCGACGCCGGCAACUACACAUGUGUCGUCUACUUCAGGCAGGGGAGGCAAAACAUCGACAACCUCAAGGAGUCCAACAGCUUGAUCGUCAUACCAAGGUCACCUCGACCUAUCGUUCUCCACUCUAUCGUGGUCAAGGGGUCGACCUUCAUGGCGCACUGUGACGUCAGCCGGGUGAACAUAGCCCACAGGGAGUACUCCCUGAACCAGCUCCAGAUGUACCACGCCCAGAAGUGUGGCCACAGCUAUUCCCUGAUUGGUCAGCUUGACUUGGCGAAGAAUCGCAGCACGGAGAAUAAAACACUGCCCGAGCUACCAAAAAACUGGGUACUAGAGAAAAACGAAAACGCUGAAAACUUGCCCAAACUCCACGGGCCAGAGCUUUUGUUGAGGGUUCAUGGUGGCUCCCAGCGAGAUGGCGGCUGUUUUCAGUGUAAAGUUGUUUAUACAAUCAGUGGCGGCCGGCCCGAAGCGGUGAUUUCUGAGGUCACAGUAACAAUUAAAGAGAUAGAAGACGAUUCCGCAUCACAUGUCCGAUUCGAACCAUUCCAUGCACCGGAAAAAGGAGAUUUCGUAGCGGUCAGACAACUUUCAAGGAACGAUGCAUCCUCUGUAUUUCUAGGCGCCGCCUCGAGAUUGGCGCUGGUAUGCGUGACGUCACUCGUGUUAAUUAACUAUCAAAUCAAGUAACUAUUUGAGUACAUUUCAUGUAAUAAAAAGGCUUUAGAUGUUGAUGAAGAAAAACUAAUUUGAUUUACUGGACAAUUUAUUUAAAAUAAAGUAAAAAAUCUUGAAUUCAGUUAACAUUUUCUCAGACAUUGAGGCUUGUUUUAUUAAAACCACUUCGAACAUCAGACACAUUGUUAGGUAGAUUGUAGAGUAAAUGAACUCGUAAUGCCAGUGACAGAAUUGAACAUGAUUAACCCUGCCUUGUAAUUUGUUGCCAAUACUAAAUAAAAAUAU